UGCUUCGGUCGGACCGAACCCGUCCUCCUGUGAGGAAUUUCCUCUCCUGUCAGAACUUUAGUUUUCCACAGCAGCUGAAGGUCCAGCAGCUUGCUGCCAGUGAACCGGCAGAGACGGGUUUGAGCUGCUCACGGAUCAGAACCUGGUCUUGGAGCAGAUCUGGACUCUGGACUCACCGGAUGGACACAUUUAAAGUUUAAACCUAGAGUUUUUUCAGGUUUCUUUCUGAAGGCAAAGCUGGACUUUGUUCUCUGACUGUUUGGUUUGUUGAGCUGUCUGAAGUGGGGCUGUUAGCAGGUGUGGUUCAUCUCCAACAAACAUGCCGUCCAAUAAAUCUGUGUCUGACGCUCCCAUCACUCAGUUCACCAACUGCAGAAUCCUGAGAGAUCACACUCUGAACAGAGAGGACCUGUGGGUGCGUGAAGGGAAGAUUUUAGACCCAGAGAAGUUGUUUUUUGAUGAGCAUGGCUUUGCUGAUGAGCGUGUGGACUGUGAAGGCAGCAUCAUCGCUCCGGGCUUCAUAGACGUUCAGAUCAACGGAGGUUUUGGUGUUGACUUCUCUAAGCCAUCUGAUGAUAUCAGUGCUGGACUUUCUCUGGUGUCCAAACGGAUCCUGGAACAUGGCGUGACAUCAUUCUGUCCUACUCUGGUCACCUCUCCUCCAGCUGUCUACCACAAGGUUCUGCCCCAGAUCCAAGUGCAGGAUGGAGGACCACAUGGAGCUGGAGUUCUGGGGCUCCACCUGGAGGGUCCAUUCAUCAGCGUGGAAAAGAGAGGAGCCCACCCUGAGAAGUACCUGCAGACCUUCCAGUCUAGAGGGAUUGAGGACCUGAUAGAGACCUACGGCAGUCUGAAUCAUGUUUCCAUGGUAACACUGGCUCCUGAGCUAGCUGACAGCCAGUCAGUUGUCAGAGAGCUCUGCCAGAGGGGCAUUACUGUGUCAUUAGGUCACUCAGUGGCGAACCUGUCGCAGGCUGAGGAUGCUGUUCAGCACGGAGCCUCCUUUAUCACUCACCUCUUCAAUGCCAUGUUGCCUUUCCACCACAGAGACCCGGGUAUUGUGGGUCUCCUGACCAGUGAUCAAGUUCCUGCCGGUAGGACCGUGUUUUAUGGGAUGAUAGCUGAUGGGAUCCACACAAACCCGGCUGCUCUUCGGAUUGCACAUAGAGCUCACCCAUCAGGUUUGGUGUUGGUGACGGAUGCAAUCACAGCUAUGGGUCUUCCUCCAGGCCGUCACUCUCUGGGUCAGCAGGUCAUUGAGAUCCAGGGUCUCCACGCCUACGUAGCAGGGACAAAGACACUCAGCGGCAGCAUUGCCACAAUGGACAUGUGUGUUCGCCACUUCAAACAGGCUUCAGGCUGCAGUACAGAAGAAGCUCUGGAAGCUGCUUCUCUUCAUCCAGCUCAGCUUCUCAACAUCACCAACAAGAAGGGGACUCUGGACCAUGGCUCAGAUGCAGAUCUUGUUCUCCUCGAUGAUGACCUGAACCUUCGAUCGACCUACAUCUUUGGAGAGGAGGUUUGGAGAAAAGGAGUAUAAAAUAGAAGAUAAAGAACCUUGGAGACUUUGUGCCUUCAUUAAAAUAUACAUUUUUUCUGCACACAAAUUUGUUUUGAACAUUUUAUUUUAUUGAUAUACAACAACCCUUUUUAAACUGAGUGAACAUGGCUGUCCAUUUCAAUACAUCAAAAUUAAGCAAGGCUCAGUCAGAAUACUCGUUUCUGUAAAAUAAUAAUUUCUCCAGAACAGUGGCACACAUCAUUUCACCUGCUCUGUUAAUGAGUUGUGUUCACCCAAGAUGUUUCUGCAUCUUUUAAUCAGAAUGCAAAUUAAGACAGGAAUAGAAAACAGAAUCUGUCUGCUGUGAAAAGAUCGCGAGCAUUAAAAUAAAACUGACUGCGCAUUUUGUUUUGUUUUUUUAUUGUUUUGUACAGAAAGUUGAGAUCCUCCAGCACUUUGUCAUUUACUCUUGGGAAAUGUUUCAAUUUAAAUAAUUCUGUUUAUUCCUUGUGUAGCAUUUCUAACUGCACAUUUUUUCCUCUGCAUCAAAUAUAAAGUUUUUUUCAUUUUUAACAACUUAAAAACAAAACUUUUAAUAAAACAGGACACUUAAACUAUUUAAUUUAGUUAAAAUUAAAUAAUGAAAUUGAUAAACCUUUGUUGCAGGCAUUAAAUUAAAAAUGAGUGAAUAUUUGAAAAAAAAAACAACUAAGUUUAUAUAUUUGAACAAUAAAUGUCUUUGUAUUGAUUAAACUGAAUAUAAGUUGAAAAUAAUAA